UCAGUUUAGUUUGCCGCCUUCACGACAGCAGUUAAGACGGACAGUAUCACGGAGAGAUGGAAACUGUCAGCAGAGAUAUGGCGGAGUCGGACCCUCGCUUCAGGACCUGGGAGGAGUUAGAGGAUAUCCCCGCCAUUGACAGCACCGUCCAGUGGUACGAGAGAGUCAAGCAGGCGUGUUUGGUGACGGAAGCAGGCCUCUCGGCGUUAGAGUGGGGUAUUCAGUCCCUGGCCGACAUCUUGCAGAUAAAACGACUAGCUGGAUCCUAUAUUGAUGUGGUCACUGGAGACAAGAUAGCAGACUUGAAGGAAUCUUACCCAAUUCUCCAGAAAAGACCCCAAAAGAUCAUGAAAAUUACAAAACACAGGUCGGUGCGAUUCGUCAAGAGGAGAACUCGAUCAGCUCUGGACAACUUUCUGGGUAAAUCUCUGAUGUUUGUCCUGGACACCAUGCUGUGGGUUUCGGAGGGAAUCACGCAGUGUUUGGAACCAAAGGCCAUAACUACGUCAGAAAAACACGUGCAAACGUCACCGAUAUCUACCGAGAAAAGUCCGGAAAUGGCUUGGGUUGACAAGAUUACAGAGGAAGACCAAAGUUUAUUGGAGUUAUUCAGAAGAUUUUUGAUGUUCCCGUUGACAUUUUUCAUUUGUUUUCUGAAAGAAACUAAGAUCUUUAUACAUGGAUCAAAGCAUAACAAAUCUUCCUAUUCCGGUCCCGUCCGGAAAUCGACGCGUAGCGUCAAGUCAAAGACGAUGAGUCCAGAAAGGCUACAGGAAAUUCACGCCCGCAGAAAGGUCUCCCCCAGAAAGCGCCUCCCUUCGUCCUCCUUCCUGGGAAAUCUGAAGAACGCCACCUUCCGGUUGUUUGGACUCUCAACAAGUCACGUGAAGCAGACAGACAUCCGGAAGUUCCUCACCUGCAGCAAGCACAAGUCCCUGAACGAAUGCUCCUUGUUGACCUGUGAGCAAAAGAAAAGAAAGCACCCCGACCAAUCUGACGGCUCCGAGGAUGACCUCACUAACCUUGACCUAGACAGCUAUCUUUCUGAAGAAGACCCUGAUUACGAGCCCACUGAUGAGGAUACAACUGACGUCAGCAUCGACUCGGAGGAGGAGGUUUCCGAGGGGGAACUGGAGGUGGAAUCCUCCAAAGAUGGAGCCUUCAAGAUGCUCAAAGAAAAGUCCAAAUCAACAAGUGUAUCAGAUGACAAGCAGAUUCCUGGAGACAAGGCACUCGACACAAAAAGAACAGACAACAAUAAAAACGAAAAAUCUGUGUUGAAGCCAUCAUUUGAAAUUACAGAAACUAAAACAUCAGUACCAAAGACAAUGGAGAAAGCAAGUCCAGUAUCUCAAACAAAACCAAUGGAAAAAGGUUCUAAACCAACUCAAAAAGUCCCCGACCCUCCUGUGGCUCCUUUGCAAUCACAACGACCACCUUCAGAAUCAAGUGCUCCCUCUCAGCCACAGCGACCGUCACUUCCGGUAUCAAACGCACCGAUGCAGCAAAUGAUGUCACCGCAUGGAAAUAAAAAUAAGCACAAUAAAUCCGGAGGAAAUUCGAAAAACGUUUCGUCUCCGAACCGCCAUGUUAAGCAGCAUAGUUGUAAAACCCCGGAAAACAAAGAGAAUCUCGAAACUUCACUAGAGAAGGAGCUCUCGAAACAAGGAGGUAAAAAUGCACCGGUUGUUAAGGAAACACAGGAGCAGCCAAAGUCCGCUAAUAGUAGUGCAAAAGAGUCGGAUAUUUUGGUGAAAACUGCAAAAACAUAGACCUAGCUAUGUAUGAACUUCCAUCACAGACACUUGUGGAAAUCGUGGAAAAUAAUGGACGCCGUUAUGUUUAUUUACUUUAUAGCUGUCCUUGGUACAACUUGUUUUCAUUUUUUCAGCCAAUUCCUAAGUUGAAACUAGUGCUGACAUUGUUUGUUCUUCAGGUUUUCAUGUUAUUUUUUGUGUGUAAAUGUCGUUCGGAAGUUGUUCUAUAGUUAACAUAUUUAUUUAACUGUGUAUUUGUAUCAACAAAAGAGAUUUAUAAUUUAUUUGGUAUUAAAGUCGCAAUUCAUA